AUACAUCAAGCAAUGGUAACAUCUUUAAAUGAAGAUAAUGAAAGUGUAACUGUUGAAUGGAUAGAAAAUGGAGAUACAAAAGGAAAAGAGAUUGACCUGGAGAGCAUCUUUUCUCUUAACCCUGACCUUGUACCUGAAGAAGAAAUUGAACCCAGUCCAGAAACACCUCCACCUCCAACAUCAUCAGCCAAAGUAAACAAAAUUGUAAAGAAUCGACGGACUGUGGCUUCUAUUAAGAAUGAACCUCCUCCAAGAGAUAAUAGAGUGAUUGGUUCUGCACGUGCACGGCCUAGUCAACUUCCUGAACAGUCUUCCUCUGCACAACAGAAUGGUAGUGUUUCAGAUAUAUCUCCAGUUCAAGCUGCAAAAAAGGAAUUUGGACCCCCUUCACGUAGAAAAUCUAAUUGUGUGAAAGAAGUAGAAAAAUUACAAGAAAAACGAGAAAAACGGAGACUGCAACAGCAAGAACUUAGAGAAAAAAGAGCCCAGGAUGUUGAUGCUACAAAUCCAAAUUAUGAAAUUAUGUGUAUGAUCAGAGACUUUAGAGGAAGUUUGGAUUAUAGACCAUUAACGACAGCAGACCCUAUUGAUGAACAUAGAAUAUGUGUCUGUGUGAGAAAACGACCACUCAAUAAAAAAGAAACCCAGAUGAAAGAUCUUGACGUAAUCACAAUUCCUAGUAAAGAUGUUGUGAUGGUACAUGAACCAAAACAAAAAGUAGAUUUAACAAGGUACCUAGAAAACCAAACAUUUCGUUUUGAUUAUGCCUUUGAUGACUCAGCUCCUAAUGAAAUGGUUUACAGGUUUACAGCCAGACCACUAGUGGAAACUAUAUUUGAAAGGGGAAUGGCUACAUGCUUUGCUUAUGGGCAAACUGGAAGUGGAAAAACUCAUACAAUGGGAGGUGAUUUUUCAGGAAAGAACCAAGAUUGUUCAAAAGGAAUUUAUGCAUUAGCAGCUCGAGAUGUGUUUUUAAUGCUAAAGAAGCCAAACUACAAGAAGUUAGAACUUCAAGUAUAUGCAACCUUUUUUGAAAUUUACAGUGGAAAAGUGUUUGAUUUGCUAAACAGAAAAACAAAAUUAAGAGUGCUAGAAGAUGGAAAACAGCAGGUUCAAGUGGUGGGAUUACAGGAAAGGGAGGUCAAAUGUGUUGAAGAUGUACUGAAACUCAUUGACAUAGGCAACAGUUGCAGAACAUCUGGUCAAACAUCAGCAAAUGCACAUUCAUCUCGGAGUCAUGCAGUGUUUCAGAUUAUUCUGAGAAGGAAAGGAAAACUGCAUGGAAAAUUUUCUCUCAUCGAUUUGGCUGGAAAUGAAAGAGGAGCUGAUACUUCCAGUGCAGACAGGCAAACUAGGCUUGAAGGUGCUGAAAUUAAUAAAAGCCUUUUAGCACUCAAGGAGUGCAUCAGAGCCUUAGGUAGAAAUAAACCUCAUACUCCUUUCCGAGCAAGUAAACUUACUCAGGUGUUAAGAGACUCCUUCAUAGGUGAAAACUCUCGUACCUGCAUGAUUGCCACGAUUUCUCCAGGAAUGGCAUCCUGUGAAAAUACUCUUAAUACAUUAAGAUAUGCAAAUAGAGUAAAGGAGUUUGGAAUUAGUCCAUCAGACAUUCCCUUCUCACAGGGUAGUGGCAGUCGCCCUGAUCUCUCUCCUUCUUAUGAGUAUGACGACUUUUCUCCUUCAAUUACCAGGGUGAAAGAAUUGACUGUCGAUCCAACUGCUGCUGGUGAUGUCCGUCCAAUAAUGCAUCAUCCACCAAAUCAGAUUGAUGACUUAGAGGCACAGUGGGGUGUGGGGAGUUCCCCUCAGAGAGAUGAUCUAAAACUUUUAUGUGAACAAAAUGAAGAAGAGGUUUCUCCACAAUUGUUUACUUUCCAUGAAGCUGUCUCACAAAUGGUAGAAAUGGAAGAACAAGUUGUAGAAGAUCACAGGGCAGUAUUCCAGGAAUCUAUUCGAUGGUUAGAAGAUGAAAAGGCUCUCCUAGAGAUGACUGAAGAAGUAGACUAUGAUGUAGAUUCAUAUGCCACACAACUUGAAGCUAUUCUUGAGCAAAAAAUAGACAUUUUAACUGAGCUGCGGGAUAAAGUGAAAUCUUUCCGCGCAGCUCUACAAGAAGAAGAACAGGCCAGCAAGCAAAUCAAUCCGAAGAGACCCCGUGCCCUUUAAGUUAGCAUUUGCUGCUAAAGGAUCCCCAAAACCCCCACUAUUGUAACAUAAAAUGAGUCAGUUGUAAGGGCCAUUUGAACGUUUGAAAUUUUAAAGUGUCUGUGGAAAAUGUCUUUGUCCCUUCACCUGAAUGAUAUUUCAAUUUUGUGAAACACUCUGUCUACAAAAAUGCUUCUAAUCCAGGAGGCAAAACCAAGAUUUGGGAAUAGUGAAGCAUUAUGUUUCAUUUACCCAAAUAGUGAUUUACUUUUGGAGAUCCUUGCCAAUUUUAUUUUCUAUAUGAUGAAGUAAGAGUGUGGACCUGAUCCAGAAGUCAACAGUAGGGGGGAAGCCACAGCAUUUCCUACUUACUUGGUUCAGUUUUUGUAGCAAGACUGAGCAGUUUUAAAUCCUUUGCGUGCAUGCAUACCUCAUCAGUGAUUGUACAUACCUUGCCCACUUCUAGAGACAGCUGUGCUCUCCUUCCUGCUUUGUGCCUUGACGAAGGCUAUUGACCCUAAAUUUCUGAAGCACAGCCAAGAUAAAUCACAUUCCUUUUUGUUAUUGUAAAUUACCUUUACUGUGUGUACAUUUUUACUGUAUUUGAGACAUUUUUUGUGUGUGACUAGUUAAUUUUGCAGGAUGUGCCAUAUCAUUGAAUGGAACUAAAGUCUGUGACAGUGGACAUAGCUGCUGGACCAUUCCAUCUUAUAUGUAAAGAAAUCUGGAAUUAUGAUUUUAAAACCAUAUUACAUGGUUAUAAUUUUCUUAGCAUUUUCUUUGUAAAGAACUAAAAUAUAAACUAGUUGGUGUAUAAUAAAAAGUAAUGAAAUUCUGAGAAGAGUUUUAUCUUAGGAUAAUACAUAUCUAUAUAUCUGUUUAGAUAUAUAGAUUUAUAUAUAUGCAGUGUGUGUUCCAGUGUGGUAUUAACAAGAUUAAUAGUACAAUUUGAUCCUUACCAAUACCAUUAUUUAAGUUGGGGUGUCCAUUUGCACCAGAACAUGUACCUUCUUAAAUGUACUGUUAAAGGAAAAUUGGCUCCUGAUGCAUGAAUGAUUACAUGUACAUUGAAAGUAGUCCAUUAUAGAACUGUUAGUUUAAGACAAGUAUAGACAGUACCUAAUUCCCCUGAAAAAGAAUGAAGCUAAAAAAGAUGAUUUUGCCUUAAGAGGCAGCUCUGACCCAAGCUCUAUUACCUAGUGUGUGAUGUUUCACCAAUAAGUUGUUGUAGGGUAUCCUACUUUAUAAAUGGUGGCACUUAUUUUUACAGUUAACUACUCCAAGGAAGUGACCGCUUUUCCUGUAAAUAUUUUCUUAAAAGAUUUAUAUAUAUCUCUAGGAGUUUUCCCUCAGUUCCCACAAUAGAAUCUAGGAGCAGAUUAAACCACAAAAAGUCUCCCAAGGAUACCUUGUUUUGAUUUACUCUAGGGAACUGCUUAGUUCAUUCACAUGAGCCAAAGGGAAGCUAUGAAUAGAGAAUCAUGAGCCAGACUCCCGAUUUCACUGUUCAUAGAACUCAGAGGAUAGCUGUAGGAAAUCCUAACAUCAUGGUGAAAAGCCCCUUUGUAAACUUGAAAUAUAAAACAGAUGUAGAACAAUGUUUAUUAAUAAAUGUAAUCUAUGGAGCAACUUUUAGAGAUAAUUUACUUCAAUACAAUCACCUUUGUUUUGGAAGGGACUCAGGUUUUCUUACAGCUAUAUUUUCUGUUUGUGUUUAUUUCAAAGAGAAGAGGAAUAAUGGAGAACUGUUACUAUUGAUCCUGCAGAGGCUGUUGUAAAAGGUAGUUUUUGGGACUAACCAAUCUUUCAAGGGCAAUAAAGAACUGUGAACUAGUUCAUUUUAAAGCACAAAUUAUUAUUUAAGUUAGAUGUAUAAUGCUUCUGGAAGGUCUCUUUACAUCCAUGCACAUUGCCUUAACUAUAAUGGCUUCAUUCUGACCAUUAGUAAAGGAAGAUAAAAAAUUAGUAUCAAAAAGAUUUUAGUAGUAUAAUUGAGUCCUUCAGUUUUACAGAUAGGGAAAAUUGAAGGCCAGAAAAGAGAGUAAAACUCAGCAAGUUCAUAAGGACAGAGGGGGAAAUGAAUUAAAUCUUAAAUUCAAAUUGCCCUAUAAGGCUAGAGAAUGGUAUAAGUGAACUUUGCAAAAUAAUCUUAUAAGUAUAUUUAAUAUUCCUGUAACAAGUGAUUAGACACGGCUAUUACUUAAAGAAUUUUUUUAGAUCUGAUUGAGCCUUCUUUACUUUUUGAGACUUGUAAGCUGAUAUCCCUACUAAGUAACUAAGAACAUGAAUUAUUUCAUUUACAUAACAAUGUUUUAAUAUCAUUUUGAAAACAAAUCUUAAGCAAACCUAGAUUUAUUCAUUGUACCUUUUUAAAAAUAAUUUGGAAACAAUCCUGUUGAUAUAAAUAAAAAUAAAUAUUGGUGAAGACUUACUAAUUUCCUUAUAUAAAUAGCUACUAUAAUUUUUUAUUAAAGUGUUAGCACUCAGUAUUAUGAUUUAAAUAUAGUAGCUAAUAUUUAUUUAUGACAUCUCUUGAAAUUUUCAACCUGAUAUUUUUAAAUAGCUUAAAAGUAAAUACUAGGAAUAUGGGGAAGUACUGAAAAUUUUAUUAUCCAUAAUCAUGAAUAAUAUUGAGAGCUUAUUUUGAGAAAAUGGCUAGUUGGGAUUCUUUUGACUUUGAAAUUGAAGGGCAGAGAUUUGAUCUUAACUUUAAAAUUAAUUUGAUUUACAGAAGUCUGUGAAGUUUUGUUAAACUUAGGACUAUUUCCCCGAGGAAAAAUAAUGCAGUCUUAAGUUUAUUUCAUUUUAGUUAAGCAGCCUCAUCUUACAGGUAAGGACUCAUGUCUAGAAGUAAUUUGCUUGGUAAGCAGAUGCUGGUAGUAGAAAACUCAGGCUUACUGAGCAUUCUAAUGUAGUCUAUGAUGCAACAAGAUAACUAGGCAGUGGUAGAAGUUGUAUAGACUAGAUAAAUAAUGACAGAAGCAAAAUGAAAACAUUUUAAGAAACAUUUUACUGUGCACAUGAAUAAUAAGAAAUGGUAUGGGAAAUAUGUAACUGUUUAGCAUAUCUUAAUUUUUUUACUACUUGAGGGACAAAGGUCUAAAGAGCUGAAGACCUAAGAGAUUAUAGUUAUAUAUCUAUAUAUAA